UUCUACACGUGUGGGGAGAGAAAGACCAUUUACAAACAUGUUUGCUGAAGAAGAAUGGACCGAUUCCCCAUCACCAGAUGGAACUCAGGCUCUUUUUAAUGCAGUGUCAUCUGCUACUGGCAAGGAUAAGGUUGUGCGUAAGCAAAGUCUUUUGAGAACUUUGCAAACGUUGGGGUCAGUUCCAAUAUGGGAGACUGGGAAACCUUUUGGGGAGAGUGAUGAGGAGCCCGAGGACGCCCCUGUAGUCAAAACGAAAAAGAAAAGGUGCAAAAAACGUAAGAGGUCCUCGAACAUUAAUAAUGAAGGGAAACAACAGAAAGAACUGGAGCUUCCCGGAACACCUGUGAAGAAGAAGAAGCCAAUGAAAGAGAUCAUAAAAGAAACAAGUGCUAAGAUGUCACAAGAGUCCAAAAAGGAGGGAAGUGACAAAAAAGCUCAAACUGGUAAAAAAGAAAGUGAAACAGAGAAAAGGCUGAGCAGAAAACAGUGGAGGAACAGGAUAAAGAACAAGAAACUUUGUAAGAACAAGUAUUUACCGAAAACAACAGGUGCUGAUAAUGCCAAGGCCAAAGAGGAACCCUUAGUUCAAACACAAGAUGCCACAGGAGUACAAAAAGUUAAAAAAAAUAACAAGUCAUCCAAAAAAAUGAAGAAGUCUUGUGAAAACAAUGGCAUUUCUUUUGUCAUGGGCAACACUGAAAAUUGCAAGGACUCGGUUUUUUCAAGUAUGAGCUCUGAUCAAUUGCAAUCUAUAGCACAUGAAACUUCUUGUACAGAAACUAAAAUAGUAGAUGACUCUCUUAGCAACAGUAAAGUCUCACAUGAAGUGGGAGAUAAAGAGAAACCAUGCAAAAUGUCGAAAAAAUCCCAAUUACAGGCAUACAAAUUGCGUCGUAUUUUAAAGUUGCAUCAUACUCAGGAUAGUAAAACAGCCACAGAUGAACAAGAACCAAAGGACAAAAUAGUGAAUUCUAAGGGUGAUGAAGAGCAACCGCCUCUUGAUCGUUCAAGUGCUUUAAGGUCAAAGAUGGUGAAGCAGUUAGAAGCUGCUCGAUUCCGCUACAUCAAUGAGCUGCUUUACACGUCAACCAGCGGUGAAGCCAAACUCAUGUUUCAUCAGGACCGUGAAGCCAUUGGGAUUUAUCACAGGGGGUACACAGCACAGGUUCAACACUGGCCUGCAAACCCUGUGGAUUCAAUAAUUUCCUAUAUUCAACAAAGACCAGUUUCUUUAGUUGUUGCAGACUUUGGUUGUGGGGACUGUAAAAUUGCACAGAGUGUAAAGAAUAAAGUUCAUUCUUUUGAUCUGGCUCCAGUUUGCGAACUUGCCACUGCAUGUGACAUGGCAAAGGUGCCGCUUCGUGAGUCCACGGUAGAUAUUGCUGUGUUCUGCCUUUCUCUUAUGGGGACAAAUCUUGGUGAUUUUUUGGCAGAAGCAAACAGAGUGCUGGUUAUGGGGGGCAUUCUUAAAAUAGCAGAAGUGGCCAGUAGAUUUGAAAAUGUGCGCUUGUUCAUUAGUGCAUUGUCAAGUUUGGGAUUUAAGUUAGUCAAUAAGGAUACAGAGAACAGCCACUUCUACUCCUUUGAGUUCAUUAAGACAGGAAAAGCACCAGAGAAUGUAAGGAAAGCUGGGCUUCAACUUAAACCUUGUCUGUAUAAGAAACGAUAAAUGUUUAAGAGAGUGAUGGU